CAAUCCUGUCAUUCAUUUGUCAAAACAGGAAUUAAAUUAAAAAUAGGUUCAAAAUAACCUAAAAACAUCCUAUUUUAAUAUUUUUACACGAAAAAUUAAGUUUAACAAUUGUAAUAAAUUAAAUAAAUAUGGCUAGCAGUAGACUGGAGCGAAUUGGAACGAUACUUACAAGAGUUGAAGGCCUGCUCAAAAAUGGGGCGAUGAAACCUGACGACAGACCGUUGUGGUACGACGUGUAUCGUGCAUUUCCACCUGCUGUUGAACCUAAAUUUGCCAGGCCGGUACCUGAAAUCAAGCCUAUAAGACAAAUCCUGUAUCAAGAAGACGUUGUACGAGCGAAAUUUCACGAAAAUGGUCAUGGUUUGGGCGCCGUGAAUAUGCUCAGUCCCUCAGAAGAAACUCAUACCAAAAGACUUUUAAAGCGAUAUGAAAAGCUGAAGUCUGAAGGAGUAGCAGAAGAUCAACUGGUAGAGAAGGCUGCGUCGGAGGUUGCUAGCGAAAGACAAGAAUUUGUCAAAGCUAAACUUACGUCCCAAAACCCUGACUCGGUUACGGCGCAAGUUCUUACUGAUGUAAAAUUAAAAGAUAUAUUUAAUGAAAAGUAGGCUCGUCUCAAUAAAUUUUAGUUUUUAUAAUGUAGUUGUAAAAAUAAUAGAUGCAGUAAAGAUGUUAGACAUAUAAAUUA